GGAAAUUUGCGGAGUUGAAUUCCGACGACCGCGAGGUCUGCAUAACGCGCUUCUUUGGCUUGCUCUACACGAUGGUCCGGCUGAGCCUCGCCAUUAGCUACUUGGUUUUCAGCGAGAGUUUCCCGCUGAACGGCACGAUGGUACUAGUAAACGGCACCACCUUCCUACUGAACGGCACUACCUUGCUGGUUAACGGUACCACUUUACUGGUGAACGGUACCACUGUUCAAGUGAAUUGCACUCUUAUUAGCCGAUGUGGCCUCCACUUUUGUGCGUACAAUUCUACGAUGCCGGUGCACUCGGGAGCGGCUUUCUCCAGCGCCUGGAUUAUCCUCACUGGAGUAGCGUUUGUGCUGUCAAUCCUGGCCGCCUUCUUGGUCGCUUACUAUGUCACCAGGCUAUUUGAGUGCGUUGGAAUGCGUUGUAUACGUACGCUAUUCGUGGUAUCCUUAAGGUAUCCCUACAUAGUGCUGUUCACGUUGUAGCAUGUUGAUUUACCAGGUUGCUUGACUGCGUAGG